GGAGAGCUGGAGUGAAGACCCGGCGCGGUGACACUCCGAGACUCCGCUCAGAAUCAGACCUCCUGCAGCUCUGCUCACUGACCGCCAUGAGCUGCUCCAGACUGUGCCUCCGGCUGCAGCAGCGCCGCGGAUACUCCAGCAGCCUGCGGGCCGCUUACCACCGGACCCUGGACCGAGUGGAGCUCAUGCUGCCGCCCAGACUGAGACCCCUGUACAACCACCCGGCAGGGCCAAAGACGGUUUUCUUCUGGGCUCCUGUUUUUAAAUGGGGCUUGGUUUUUGCUGGUUUUUCUGAUAUGACCCGCCCACCUGAAAAACUGAGUCUCUCUCAGUCAUGUGUCAUCACAGCAACAGGAUUUAUUUGGUCCAGGUACUGCCUGGUGAUCAUUCCCAAGAACUGGGCCCUCUUUGCAGUGAACUUCUUUCUGGGGAUGUGUGGAACCAUUCAGCUCUUCAGGAUCUGGAGGUAUAACCAGGAGUUAAAGCUGAAGGAAGGCGUGCAGCAGUCCUGAAGGGUUAACUGGGUACAGUAAGAAUAAACUGAGUAUAAAUGGGAGACAGAGGGAGAAUCUGAUUGAGUUAUUCACUGGCUGCUUAGAGAAAUUAGUUCUAGAUUAAUUUUCUUUUCUUAUACUUGGUCACAUGUGCUGUUGUCUGACUGGGGCAGUAUCUGGGAGGGGUUACUCUAGAGACUUCCUGUGUAUUUUUAGCCGUCUUCCACACACUGGUGUGUUCAGCCCUUCCCCCUGUUCUCCCUGGGUGUGAUUUUAUUCUGCAGGGAUAAAUGUGCAGGUGUAACCGAGUAUUAGAGGAGAAAUGGUGCAUUAAAUCAUUUUUGGCUCCGGGAGCUUAUGUUCUGUACUGUUUUCUUUAUUUGUUACUGAAAAUGCCACUAAUCCAAGGGUUGCACCAAAUUUUUACAAUUACUGCAGUAUUUAUUUUCACUGUUUAAUUAAUGCUGUGUUGACAUGCUGAAGUUUUGACCCAAAACAUGAUCUCUGAGGUCUGAUUAAAUGAAAUAGAAUUGUUAUAUCAUUGAAAAUGUUCUUUUAAUGAUCAGGUAAUUAAAUGCAUUGCAGUGCAUGGGAUGAACAACACUGUAAUAUCAUUGUACUUGAAUUGGUCAUGCCUUUAGUCAUGAAAAAUCUGUAUGUUACUGAGCAAUAAAUAAAGUUCUUACUCUUAA